AUGGCUGAUAAACUAGAAGGCGUGGAUUUAUUGAAGACCCCACUACACGGAAUUUACAUUCCUGUUGCAUUGUGUAUUUUUGGUAUUACAAUUUUGAACUAUGAUUAUUUACCAUAUGUGGUAGGAUUGCUUGCACUUUAUAUAUCGUUCAAUAUUAUUCGGGUCAAACUGAAACGUCCUGUACUAUCAUCAACAAAGUUUCAAGAUUACGAAUUGAUUGAUAAGACAAUCAUCUCCAAGAAUUCAGCAAUUUAUAGGUUUAAAUUAUACAACGAAUAUGAUCAAUUGAAUAUUCCUGUUGGUCACCAUCUUGCUUGUAAAGUCGAAAUUGACGGAAAGGAUGAAAUUAGAUAUUAUACACCAAUUUCAAAUCAAUUGGAUGAAGGAUUUUUUGACAUUAUAGUCAAGUCUUACAAAGAUGGCAAGGUUUCGAAAUAUUUUGCAACUUUAUCACCGGGUGAUAAAGUUCUAUUCAAGGGACCUGUUGGCAGAAUGUCGUAUAGGACGAAUAUGGCCAAAAAGAUAAUCAUGAUUGCUGGCGGUUCUGGUAUUACACCAAUGUUGUCCGUUCUAGGUUCGAUCGUUACAACGCCUGAGGAUACAACUGAAGUUAAAUUGCUAUUUGCAAACGAAACAGAGAAUGAUAUUUUGUUGAAGGAGGAGUUGGAUGUUUACCUUGAAGAGUAUCCAAAUUUCGAUUUGAGGUACUUCGUUAAACAUCCAUCUCCUUCCUGGAAUGGCUACACUGGUUGGAUCACAAAGGAUGUUCUUAAGAAGGAGUUACCUGAACCAAAUGACGAUACCAAAAUAUUUAUCUGCGGCCCAAUGGAUAUGAAGAAACAAAUGUUACACGAUUUAGAAGAACUAGGAUGGAGCAAAGGUGUUUUGCAAUCCAAACAAGAUGACCAAGUCUUUUGUUUUUAA